UUCAACUGAACACAACAACGGUUACACAGAGGGGAGGGCCAUAUCUAACGCAACCUGUACUUCACAAGUACAUUAUCCAAGCUCUCAUGUGGUUCACGGAGGCUCUAAGCUGGGCACCAUCCUGGCUCUGGUACCUUCCAGCCAUCACUCUACUUCUCUACCUGUAUGGAAUAUGGCCGUACUUAUCUACGUCCAUCCGUCUGCCAGGACCAAAGCCUGCGCCCUAUGUCGGCAACUUGUUACAAUUAAACAGAACUGGUGCCCUGAAUAUGGACAUCAUGUGCCUUAAGAAAUACGGAAGGGUUUUCCUAUCAUGGCGCGGUCGAAAACCUGUAAUAAACAUCGCUGAUCCAGACAUGGUGAAACAAAUCUGUGUGAAGGAAUUCAAAAACUUUGCCAACAGAGGGGUUUUCUUACCGUUGGGAGCCGUUCAGAAGUCGAUGAUUACAAAUCUAGAAGACAAUCACUGGAAAUUUGUGCGCAGUGUUCUCACACCCGCCUUCAGUUCUGGAAAGAUGCGAAGAAUGAAUCCACUUAUACAGAUCUGUCUUCAGCGACUGAUGGAUAAUCUGUCUGAAAUCUGUAAAUCCGGAAAGUCGUUUGAAUUGAAACGGGUGAUGGGAGGCCUAACUAUGGAAGUGAUAGGCGCCGUAGGAUUUGGGAUUGAGACAGACGUCCAGAAUGAUCUCAACGACCGUUUUCUCACCAUGGCUAAAAAGGUUUUUGAAGACAAUAUCCUUACCAGGAUGCCUGUUAUACUGACGUUUUUGUUUCCAUUCAUGAAACCCGUGUUCGAGGCGCUGCACUUCACGUCUGACUCCAAAGAUGCCACGGACUUCUUUGUGACAAUGUUAAGUAAAACUAUUGAGCAGCGACGAAAGGAGCUAUCGCCAAGGAAGGAUCUCCUUCAGUUGAUCCUGGACAGUAACGUGGACGACCUGAAGGAGUCGCUAGCGGAUAAAGACGUGGAUAUGGAAGCUUUAAAGAUGGACAAAUUGAACAGAAACAAAAAACUUACAGACACUGAAGUCAUUGCUCAGUGCAUCAUAUUCCUUCUAGCCGGAUACGAAACUACGGCCUCAGCGCUAUCGUACUUCGCGUACAAUAUGGCUGUUCAUCCUGAGUGUCAGGAAAAACUGAUUCGUGAAAUUGAUGAGGAUCUUAAAGGGGCAAUACCCACGUACGACAACGUGAUGACGUUACCUUACCUGGAUAUGUGCCUCUCAGAGACACAACGAAUGUACCCGGCUGUCAGAGGUGUGGGGCGUAAAUGCCAAGACGACAUUGAUAUAAACGGACUUCACAUCCCUGCUGGCGCGUCCGUGUUACUGAUGGGGUACGCCUUGCAACACGACGAGACUUACUGGCCGGAGCCAGAGAAGUUCGACCCGGACAGAUGGUCCCCAGAGCAGAAAGCAUCGCGUCAUCCUUAUGUGUACUUUCCAUUUGGGGUUGGGCCCCGGAACUGUAUCGGGAUGAGACUUGCGCUGAUGGAAGCCAAAAUGGCGAUUGUUGCUAUUUUACAGAAAUUCCGUUUUAUCCGGGCUCCGGAGACUCAGGUGCCCUUGACAUUGAAGAAAGGAAUCUUCGUCCAAGCGGAACAUGGUAUCUGGCUUCGAGUCGAGUCACGUGACUAAAUAUUGUUGCGAAUGUAACAAGGCGUCUGCCCCGCUUGUUUCUUGGCUCGAGUUGAAACUUUUUCUCAGGUUUAAUGUGACUUGAAACGAUUUCAGAUUUCGCAAAAAUUGUUGUCAACAGUCACCAGUGACCUCUUACAUCAAUACAUUGAUAACCUAAUUCUGCUACAGUCAUGGUGCUAAGGGGCGAGUAAUUUGCUACCAUUUAAACAUCACUAUAACAGUUAGCAGAAAAUUCUAAGGUAAAAUGGCAAGAGAAAAUUGUCAUCACUGCUCUCGUUUUACUCUCUAUGUUGUAAGCCUUUUAUAUUCUCUUGUUAUUGUAUAAUAUUGCCGAAGCUUUCUUUGUGGCAGAAAUUCAUUAAAUAUUAUUAUAUUAAUCACAAAAAUUGUCCACCUCUUGUCUUUCUUUGAUUUUUUAAACUUUGUGACGUCACUGAUGGUCACCGUCAUUCAUGUCUAAAAAUGUAA